CGGCAGCUUUCACUGACGGGCCACUUUGGGAGGUGAGGAUCGCAACUACACAAACCAACACACAACACUAUAACAUAACGAAUAUCACGCAAUCAUGGCAGACGCUGAGGCAAUUGCGAAGGCGGAGAAGAUCGCCGCAGCUAAGAAAAGGGUACGUACCUCUAACUCCACAGCUGGUCCUUCUAGGGAUUUGUCUGGAUUAUAGAACUAACGCGAAUGGGUGCAGGUUGACGCGAUGAAAAAGAAGAAGAAGACGGGCGCAAAGAAAGAAGACAAACCUGAACCCUCUCCCGUCGCCGAAACCUCCAAAGUCGAAGAAGACCCAAGUCCAGAACCACCACCAGUGCCAGAACCUGUUAAUGAAGAAGAAGCAAAGCCGGUCGACCAAGCCAACGAGGAUGCCGAGGCCGAGGAAGCUCCUGCAGAGCUCAAUGUUGCUAAAUCUCAUGGAAGACAGCCUUCAUUGUCUUUGCAAUCCAAACUACGAUCUUCUUCAUUUAGACAAGGCGCAGGAGCGGGGCAAAUGUCACCAGGUUAUGUUUUCUCACCAGACGGGGAAACGGCUCCAGAUAUUCAUAGAAAACAGCAGCUCAGGAUUGAUGAACUGGAGAGGGAGAAUAAGCGGUUAGCUAAAGAGGCAGGCGAUUCAGAGAAAAGAUGGAAGAAGGCCGAAGAGGAACUCGAAGAAUUGCGCGAGGCUGAAGAUGACACCGAGACCAAAACGGGGGCUCCUGCUCCCUCUGCAGGAUCAUUAGAAGAACUGGAGAAACUCGUAAGUCGUCAUACUCCCAUUGGCCCUUCUAAGAAUAGAGUCUGACAAUUACCCAGAGAACAGAGAAUGCAGCCCUACAGCGUCAUAACACUCAACUGCAAGCCCAAUCUUCCAAGGCGACUCGUCAUGGAUCUUCUCCAUCAGUGUCGGCUAAUGCACCCCCUGAUUACGAAGCGGCUCUGGCGUCAAAAUCCUCCACCAUCGAGGGGAUGGAAAUAGAAAUCUCCAACCUUCGAGCCCAUCUCGAGAAAGUGAAUUCGGGGGCGUCAGUUAAGGAGCAAGUUUCAGCCUUGGAAGAGAAGCUUGCACGAAGCGAGAAAGCCACGCUUAUAGCGCAACGGGAAUUGGGGGACUUGAAGAAGAAUCUGGAACGAACGACGGAAAAGGCCGUCAAGGAGGGGAGUGAAAGAACUUCGGCUGAGACUAAAUUAAGGACUUUGGAGCGGGAAUCUGACGAAGCUAAGGCUCACAGCGAAGAACUUCAGAAGAAAGUGGAAGCGCUCGAGAAGAAAGUUUCCACUCUGGGGACCUUGCACAAAGAGCAUGAUGCUAGAUUUCAGGCGCAAAAGAAGGAGCGGGAAAAGGCAGAGAAGGACGCCUCAGAACUCAGAUCACGACUUGCUGGUCUUGAGAAUGAGAAUCAGCGUUUAAAAGAUGAGAGAGAACGAGCACGCAAGCGCGAUGCGCAAGGUAUCGAUGACGAAGGGGUCGACGAAUUAGAGAAUGAGGAACGCCAACGUCUGGAGAAGAAGGUACGUAAUUUGGAAGGGGAAGUGCAUGAACUGCGGCGGGGAGUGUGGAGAGAACGUCGAAAAGAAUUGGAAGGCGACGAUACUAUAGGUUCAACCAGUCCCUCCGCCAAGUUUACCGAUAUAGAUCUUGGAGGCAUGUCACCUAGCAGCCGUAGGAAGAGCCUCGCACAGGGCGGCGGGAAGGGCUUGGGAGAUUUCAUCACAAGUGGGUUUAAUGCCAUCACGGGGGCGGCUUCAGGAGCCGAUGACUCCCUGUUAGAAGAUGAUGAAGACAUGGACUUUGAUGAGGAUGCAUUCAGACUGGCGCAGGAAGAAGAAGCCAAGGCGAGGAUUGAGAGGGUUAAGGAGGUUAAGAGAGGACUGAAGAAUUGGGAGGGUUGGCGAUUGGAUCUAGUGGAGAACCGGAGGGGCGGUGGGGAAGGAUUCGGGGAGAUCUUUGAGAUUUAGGGGAGGGUGGCUUUGCUCUCUCUGUCUCUCUCUCUUCUGUUUCUUUGCUCUGCUAGCUCGGAUUUCUGUCGAUUCUCAUUUCUUGGGUUUGGCGUUGGAGGGUUGCGAUGUAAGAAUAGAGUUCCGGGUCCUGGAUGCCGGCACUGCCGUGAAGGGGUCACGGUGUAGGUAUCGAGGGGGGUGAAAAGGAUGGUGUAGGGUGGUUUUGUGGAACCUGAGUAUCGUUUCCCCUGGAAGGGAUACAGUAUAGGCGAAUGGCUGAGCCUCCACUGCUUCCCUACUGUACUGUGCUGUGCCCAUUUCACAUCCAUGCCCCCACCACUGUCCCUCCCCUUUCUACAACCCGGUGCAUGACAAGGCUGGGUGGCUGGCGACUCUUGGGAUGGGAUGGGAUCAACCAGCUGGGAUUGUCAGAGAUGAGACUGGGGAUAGAGGAUGGAUAUGAGAUGGGUGUAUCAUUAAGUACUGUACUGUACCCUUUUGAGGUAUCGGUAUGUAUCUGUACCAUCAGUCACAAACAAAGUACUGUACUUCAUUUCACCCUUUUCCUGCAGCUAUCCUAUCCUAUGGAGUGGCAGGCAGGCAGGCUGUUUCGCAGAGGUGAGGUACUGUUACCUGUUCAUGCUGCAUGUUCAUCCCUCCCCUCCCCUUUGUGUGUGUGUUUCUGCAACAGGACUUGUAUUCGUCACCCUACUCCACUUCGUCUUCCACGUUGUUUCUAUGGUUUCCUUAAGCGCUGGGGGCCGUGAUUCAUGGGCAGGCAGAGGAGGGGUUCACUCUACAGGUUUAGAGUACUUUACUUACAGCGUUCCCAGGUGGGGUGGUAGGUGAGAGUGAGUGCUUGAUGUACGGUAUGUCAUGCGACUCGCGUCUUCGCGUGUAUCUCGUAUAUCGUUUAGAAUCUUACUGUGGUGUGUCUAGUGUAGUGUGACAAGGAUAAGCAAGCUAUUGGUGGAAAAAGGGCAGGGCUGAGAAUUUUUGGUUUGGUUGGUAAUGUAUUGUUUGGGCUUGUGGUGAGGUCCAUGAUGGUGG